AUGAAUCUCCUACUAUUUUUUCUUCUCUCCACCGUUUCAGUUUUCGCCGUUGUCUCUGGCACGGUGGAGGAGACGGCCCGUGAUGUUAUUGAUGCAUUGGCUCAUGCCCCUUUUGAAGAAUGGUCAUCGGUUUUCAUAGAAACCAAUGACCGGAUCCGCGCCGAGGUUAUCCCAUCUACCCUCUUCAUCCCAAACUCUUCCGCCAACGGGAGCGAUGAUAGACAUAAGUUGGCUUCAUACCACAUUGUUCCUCAGAGGCUUGAGUUUGCAGAUCUUCUCUUGAAGCCAAGUAGAUCGAGACUACCGACUCUUCUCAACGGCUCCUCCAUUCUGGUAACCAACAAUUCUGCUACUUCUUUUUCUAUCGACGGCGUUCUCAUCAUCGAACUUGACAUCUACGUGGAUUCCUUCAUAGCCAUCCAUCGUAUUGCAUAUCCGCUUGAUUACACAACUUACGGCGGCGGCUCUAAGCUUAUAUCGAAAUGGCCGCUCUUCACCUUUAUGCUUGUUACGGUUGUGUGGUUCAUUUAA